UUCGUGGCGCCCGGCGUCAACUCAUUUACUUCCAAACGCACAGCCGCCAGACAUAGAGGCGACCCGACGCGAAUAUCAAUUGAAUUAUUGUUGAAAUAAUGCAAAUUCAUUAAAUACUUAGCCAUAUAUGCAGUAAAACUGCUUAGUUGAAGUGUUUUCUGGUGAUAAAGUUCAUUUGAUACGCGGUGACUAAAAUAUUGAAAUGUUCUAUCACCUCACCCUUUGGAUGUUUAUUAUCUACAUAAGCAAUGUGGGAGUACACUUGCAGACCAGGCAUUGGACUGAUAGACAAUUAUUUCCAUCAAGCAAGAUACCAGCAGACGGCUUGAGCCCCAAAAGAUUAGUCGUGCGAAGGAAAAUUGUUACAUACCACAACUUUUUUCGAUCGAAAGUUCGACCGACAGCCUCUAACAUGCUUUUGAUGACUUGGCAUCCAAUGGCAGCCCAGCAAGCCCAAAGCUACGCGGAGAAAUGCAUUUUCCUUCAGCACAACGACCCUUCGGAAAACUCGGUGCCGCUCCUGGGAAAUUGCGGCCAGAAUUUGUUUGUGGCUAAUCAAAAGACUCCUUGGUUCUUCGCUAUAAAGUCGUGGUUUCUGGAGUACAAGAACUUCACUUAUGGGGCACCCAUCAGGGACCUGAAGGCAGUGGGCCACUACACCCAGCUCGCGUGGGCCAGCAGCCACAAGCUCGGCUGCGGCGUCGCCCACUGUAAAGGCGGACCCUGGGGUCACUUCUAUAACUAUGUCUGCCACUACUGUCCCAUAGGCAACAUAAACGGCAUCAUCCAGUAUCCGUACAAGGUGGGGCCGAAGUGCGCCGACUGCCCCAACAGCUGCGUACACGACUCGCUCUGCGCCAACUCCUGUCCAGUCACUGACCACUUCUCCAACUGCGCUGAACUGGUGUCCGCUGUACCCAGCUACUGCGCGGAAAGAACGUGUAACGCCACCUGCUACUGUGGCAAUAAACGGUUGUAUAAAAAUCAUCCCUGGUAAAGUGAGUGAGGAAAUGAUGAAAAUCAGAAUCUAAUAAGUUUUUUUAUACAAUACUUUAGUGUUAAAUUAUUAUUGUCUUUUAUGUUUAAGAAUUAAGUGU